AAAUCAGCUGUCUGCGUUACUCUCUCGGAAAAAAUAACAUACAAACCACCUUUUAUUUUAUUUAUUUUGCUAUUAAUUUAAUUUCUGUGCAAUCUUUCGGUCAAAAAUCAAAAACGGAACGCAGUAAUCUUCUCAGGACGCUUGGCAAUUCAAACCGGUUCGAUUUGAAGCACCAAACUCAACAGUACAAAAGCGGUCCACUGCACGGCCAAAAGUGAUUCGCAUAUGCCUUAAUCAUAACAAACAUUUCCUGCCGGAGUUACCGCGAUGCCAUUAGAUUGUUAAGUGUACCCAGAAAUGAGUGGACCACAGCAGCCAGGAGAUGUGGCAGGAGCACCCCCCAGCGCCGCCGGCGAUGCGGGCAAUCGGCCGGAAAGGAGCACCACCGGCGGAGGAGCUGGUCACCCGGGCUCCGGUCCCGGUCCCGGUCCCAACAACUGGCGACAGAACAACUCAAUGAAAUUUAAUUCGCGACCCUGGCAUCGAGACCGUCCGGACAGUGGUCACUUUAACAACAGAGUGUGGACUAAUAAUAAUCAAAGGCAUUCGCCUUACCCGCGAUCAAAAUACGGAAAUCGGGAGCAUUCGGAUAACCAUAAUUCAAAUCAGCAACGACAGGAGAGAGAUUAUACCAAGAGAACUGAUUUUCAGGAAAGAAGACCUAGAUAUUCCGAUGAGGGAUACUCUUGGAGAUACAGAGAUUAUCACCACAGGGACCAUUACCACAGAUAUCAGUCUAGAUGGAAUGAUGAUCCGUCUAAAUCGCCUUAUCAUAGGGAUGAAAGUAGUUCAGUUCUAGGCAGAGAUAACCCCAAAUCGCCUUAUAAUAAUGAUGAAACUGGUUCCAAUCUAACUAGACCCCCAAGUGACAUUAACAGAAAUAACGAACAUAACUGUGAAUCGAGAAUUGAAGCUUCUAAAGCUCAAGCUGAUCAAAAUCAGUGUCAAUUUAAAGAAACAAAACUUGAUCAAGUGCAUAACAACGAUCAGAGCAGUAGCAAAAACAACGCAAUUGAGCCAAGUACAGUUGCCGCAAAAGAACAAAGUACAGUUGCGUCAAAAGCUAAUCAAAACGCAGAAACCAAUGGGUUGAAAGAAAGACCCUCAGCUGCCGAGCCAAACAGGGAUUCUGAAAAACGUUUUAAGCCUUUUCAGAUUACAAGAAAAACUCCCACUAUUGAGCAGAAAGACGUACCUCCAUGCGCUGAAGAACUACCAACUGUCAGCCGGUUGCUGAUUGAGGAAUUAAACCUGUCCAAGCCCAGUGAGAAUACCCCCGUUCCAGAGGCCGGUCAAUCAUUUCCACGGAUCUCAGUGCGUCCUCUUAUCCAGCUUGUGAGACAGGAGCUCUUUGCAGUCACCCAGGAGGAUCGUCUGGGCAAAAAAACUCUCCUGAGUCCACCUCCUUCCGCAUCCCCCGCCAGUCCCAGUCGCCUGACCAUUAAACCCACCCUCAGAAAUCGUCGACGGACAGUAAGUAACUGCAAUCAUAUUGCAGGCAGCCCAAGCACUAGUCAUGCCGGAGAUAAUGAAGCAUCAAUCAAUGAUCGUAUCGCUAGUAUGGACAAGGAGAGUCUGAAGUAUAUAAUCAACAAUGGCGACACCAUCUACGAGCAGCACUUACAGAUCCAGGCCAGAAGGCGAUUACGCGACGAGAUUCGUCGACAGCUAAAGACCAUAGAGCUGGAUCAGCCCAAGGACAAUCCGGUGAAUGAACUGGUCGAGGACGAAAUUGUAGAUGCCAUAAAAUUGCCCGAACGUCUGCUGCAGGAGAUCGAAAAGUGUUUUGGCAUAGAUAUAUCAGACGGUCAAAAAGAUCAAGAUUCUAAAAAGGAUAACGAAAACCCAACAAAGAGUAAAAUCACAGAAGGAAAUCCAAUUUCUGGCAAGGAUAGUGAAGGCUCUGGAGGGGGAACUUCCAACAGCGUAGAGAGUUUACAAGAAAUUGAAGAGCCUAAAACUGGUGUUAAAAAGACUAAGAAGACUAUCAAAGAUAGCAAAAAGUGCAUUAAAGGUAAUAAACGUCAAAGGAAACAGCAAGAGUGUUCACUUCAAAGUAAAGAUAAUAAUUAUCAAAACCAAGAAGCCGACGAGCUUACGAACAGUAGUGGGUAUAGUAAAGAUGAUCCAGAGAACUCCGUAAAAUCUAUUAGGGGAAGUAAAAAAGUUUUACAGGAAAACAAUAAAAAGAAAAGCCCUAAAAAGAAAUUCAAAAGAGCUUUGAAAGGACAAGGGAAAAACAAGAAAAAUCUCGGUGCAGAGAUCAACCAGUCCACUCCUCAAGUAGAAGGUCAUGCAGAAACCAGUGAACCCUUUGAUUGUAUGAAUGGGUCCAGGCAUCAUAUGGCAAGGCUGAAGGCAGCCGAUGAGGUCAAGACGUUAGCGGGAAUACGUAAGAAUCGACCGCCCUUGUUGCCAACUCCAACAUUUGGAAGGAUUGCAGAUAUCCCAGAAAUACCAAAACUAAAUAGUGAAGACCCCAAACUCAGUCGAUCACCAACAAAAAAAGUUGACACAAAUUCUGAAAAGGAAAUCACUCCUGUUGUUUCUCCUCCUGAGAACAAUAUACCUAUAAGAAUGGAAAUCAAAAGGGAAUCGAGCAGCUCGCCAAUUACAGUACUGCCUUUACCUUCAAAAGAUGUUAUUGACCUCCUUAGUUCAUCUGAUGAAGAGGAGAAAGGACAUGGUGUUGUGGAUAUGGACUUGGAGGCGCCUGAAAAAGAAAUUGUGACUCCGAGCGAUAAACUGGCUGUGGAAGCAUCACUUGGACCUGAACCACCGAGUGCAGAUGAUGCCCCCAGUGAUCAUUCUACAAGCUCCCAGUGCAGUAGUGAAUCGACAAAAAGGCGGCGUCGGCUAAAGCUUCAAAACGAUGCAGAAAACGUGGUGGACAGCUUCGAAAAACUGAUUCUUCCCCACCUCCGAGAGGCUCUGACGGAUCGCUAUCGUCGCCAGCAUUCGAAAAGCCUACAAAGCCGACUGCUUUUCAUAUCCUGCGUGGUGACAAGUUCCGAGCACAAUUCGCAGACCUUUAGUAAAAUCGAGGUAGCCAAGAUGCAGAUGAAUCUCAAGUCGGCCGACAAUCGCCAGGCUAUUGAAUUUCUACUUAGGGAGAUAGUCAACGUGGUGAAUUUGCAGAAACAGCGACGUCGGGAGCAGGACGAUGAGCAGAAGCUUGCGAGUUUACUAAGCCCCAAGAAAGCAGAAGCCCCAGUUGAAGAAACCCCCAAGGCAACAUCAGCAUCACCGCCAAUCCGGCAGAAAACCCCAGUUUUAGCUAGUCACGAGAGUCCAACCACCUCAUCUGCUCACCAGAGCAUUUCAGUUUUAUCCAGUCCCCAGCCAACCACCUCAUGUGCUCACCAGAAUUCUUCAGUUUUAUCCAGUCCCCAACCUUCUUUACCUCUGGCAACCCAUGAAAGCCCAAAAGCUUUGGUCAACCAAUCUCAAAAUCUCGAGCCGUAUCCCGUUGGACUGCCAUUCUUGGCCAUGGAUCCCAGCCUAUCCCAUUUUUCUGCCGCCGGCUACUCUCGUCUAGGUGGUGGAGCAAAUAUAGGCGACCCUUUGGGACAUUUGGGCGAUAUGGUUGCUCAGAAUUUGGUCGAUAUCGAUCGCCGUCUGCUGGAAAACCAAAACCGUCGCAGCAUUCUCGAGGAGAUGAUAAUGAAGUUUCAGAAGGAGAAAUCCGAUCUCGAGAUGCUCAGUCUUGAGUUGCAGAGUCGGAAGUUUCUUAUUAUUAACUCGAUGAUUUCUAGAGGUCAGGCUUCUUCUUCUGUGCCAGUCGCUAAGGUUAGAAACUCACCACCUCAAGAUGAAUCUACACAGGAAUCAAUGCAGGAAGAGAAUUCCAACAAAGGAGGAAUUGCCAGACGAACUAGAAGCAGAUUAAGAAGGUUUGUAUCGGUAAAGCACGUAUCCAAACGGACAGCAAGGGUACAGAAACGGGUCGUCAAAAAACACAAAUCGGGUGAGCUAAUAGCGCAAUUACAGCAAGAGAUAGCUGAUCAGGAAGAGUGUAAUAAAGUGAGCGAGGAACAAGCCAAGAAAACGGAAUCUGGAUUGAGCAUUCAAUCAAAUAUCAAGGAAGAGCCACUAGAGGAAUCAAUUUACGACCAAAUACUCGAUUCUUCGCCCACCACCAAACCUACGCAAUCGCGUCUUAGCAAACCAAAAGCCAGUGUUGCAGCUAGUCCGACCCAUCAACAACUGGCUAUAAUACCACCGCUACCACCACCACCACCGCCCCCUGAUCCAAUCGGUCAAAUGUCCCACGAAGGACCCAGCUCUUUUCUCAAGGAACCACCUUACGAACCUGGGCAACACUGGUCAGAACUCAACUCCAAAGAAGAGUGCAGUUUGAGCUUCGUACCCAUGGGGAAAUUGCACUAUGUUCGAAGCCCCAUCACCCAGAUAAAGAUCUACAGAGAGUAUGUCAUUGCCGCAGCCGAGGAUGGGGAUAUCUACAUGUUCCACCUGGUCAGUCACAAACUGGAACGAAAGAUCACCAAGCACAGCGAGGCCAUCACUAAUAUGUGCAUCAGCGAAAAGGACUCCACUCUAUACACCACAUCGCUGGAUGGCUUUUUUAAGAAGUCAUCGCUGGAGAAUCUGGAGCGAGUCAUAGAAACGGUGUACUUGAAGGAGCCCUUGCAAUCGAUUGACAUCGCUUGGGGAUUGGCCUUUAUUGGCAGUCGAUGGGGACACAUAUCUACUUUCAAUGUGCUGACCAACAAGGUGAUGGAUAAUCCUUUGGUUCAAACAGAGCAAUCCAUUAUUGCCAUCAAAGCCACCAAGGAAGGAGUACGAAAGAUCCUGGUUCUGGGAUGCAAGGGAAAUGUUGUCCAAAUGCAUGAUGCUGGCAGCGGAUUGCUGCUGCGUCGUGUGUGUAUUCCAGAGGGCUUGAAUGUCUACAGUCUUCUCAUCAACGAUGGACACAUCUAUUGUGGUACUCAGAAGAACGAGAUCUAUCAGUUGGAGUUUGAUACUGGCAACUUGGUAACAAAGUUGAGCUGCGGCAAUGGUGCCGUGGCCAUAGUGUCAUACAAAGAGCGCUAUUUGCUAGUCGGAUGCUACGAUGGCUUCAUUUAUGUCCUGGACAAGGUGGCUGGUAAAAAAGUGGGUCGAUUCGAAGGCGCUGGCCGUUUGGUUUUAGCCCUGACAGUUGCAGGCGAUAAAAUCGUCACAUCAUCGAAGGAUAACACGCUGGAGAUCCUGAAAGUUCCCGCUGCCUUGGUAAACGGACAUUGAGAAGACGCUUAUUAUUAAUUGUAUAAAUCAGUUAUAAUUUAAUAAUUUUUUACACACACACUUGUUUGUUUAAUACAAUCCAAUGACUUUAGUCUUUGAUCGCGGAUUAAGUAUUGCGUUCUCUGUAUUUACAAUUUAAUAUUACAAUUUUUCGUUACCGCCCAAUUGCAUUUUAGCAAUUGAUCUUCUUGAAGAAUAUUUCUUCGUCGUGAACAAAUUAAUAAAAUAAAAAGAGAACCACCAGUAAA